AUGGAUCUCGAUGCCCUACUCUCCGCGAAGCCCAUAGCAGAUCUCGAUGCAACCGUCCGGAGCUUCCUCGCCAAAGCGCUGGCGGAGGCUGAUGCGGAGGAUGUCCCAGAAGUCUUGGCUCCAUUCCUGGCAGAUGCUGGGCUCGGUGGGGAAGAGGAGGCGAGGACACUCUGCCAGCGCUUCACCAUUUCUGGAAAGGCCGCCAUACCCUCGAAGUUGGCCUCCGGUUACCGUGACCUGAAAGCCCCGCAGUCACUUGGGUCACUCUGUGUCACCGUGAAGGAUCAGCCAGAGUUGCAGCCAGAGCCCCAGCCGGCGUCGGUACCCAAAGAGGCCGACAAGCCUCGGGGAAUUCGGGGCGCCGCGGCGCGCCGCGCCGCCCAGGCGGCCACAGAAGCCGCCUUGGCUCCCGGGGCGAUCCUCGAGUUGACUGCUGAAGAUGGACGGGAGAUUUCCAAGGCGCUGAAGAGCUGCGUGGAGCUACGGAGCUGGAUGCAAGAAGCAUCUGAGCGUGCUGACGUACUGAGCGCCUCCUUCCUAGCCUAUGCAGCAGAGUCCUCUCCAGAUGCAUUGGAAUCCUGGGGCAUGCUACUGCGAAACUCUCUGGAGGAAGCCGGCAUUGCUACAUGCCUAGGUGAAGAUGAAAGUUUGGGAGCUUUGGCUCAGAAGGGAGCCGUUCAACUCGCUAAGCACGGGCUUCUGCGAGUAAGGCAGAAGGGGUCCGAAGUUGGCGAUCCUGUGUGGGCUUUCCUCCCCGAAGAUCAGGAGUGGCACCCAGCUGUAGUGGAUGACAUUCUGCCCAGUGGACGCUUGAAGCUGAUCUUCAUCGAGUAUGGAAAGCCCCAGGAGGCGAACCAAGAGGAAGUUCGGGCUCUGACAGAAGUGGCAGACGAGGGCGAUGCCGGGGAGGGUGAGUGCGAGAUGUGCGAGAGGGACUUGAAACUCACUUUCCACCACUUGAUCCCGAAGGACAAGCAUCCGACCUAUCUGGGUAAGCGAUUGCCCAAUGGUGUUGAAGGUGAGCCAACCAGAUCCUUCUUGAACUCCUAUGGUCUCAUGAUUUGCCGGCAGUGCCACAACACGGUGCACAGCAUCGCAAGCAACGAAGUGCUAGCUAUAGAGUACAACAGCCUCCAAAAGUUGUUAAUGCACCCUGUCAUCCAGCGCUGGAUUGAGUUUGCGAAGCGACGAAAAGCCAGCAGCGGAAAGUCUCGCUGA